AGGAAGUCAAACUGGAGGAAGGAGGGCAAACUCGGGGAGGCGGGGCUCGGUGCCACGGGGCAGCCGAGAAGGCCGCCGUCCCCCAACCCCCAUCCCGCUCCAGAUCCAGGAUCCCAGCGCUGGCCGGAUGGCCGACCUCCGUCCAGAUCCUGCAUGCGAGCCGGAAUCGGUGUUCCCACGGGAGGUUGGGCUUUUCGCCGACUCUUAUUCUGAGAAGAGCCGGUUCUGUUUCUGUGGGCACGUGCUGAGCAUCACGCAGAACUUCGGGUCCCGCCUCGGGGUGGCAGCGCGCGUGUGGGAAGCGGCUCUGAGCCUGUGCAACUAUUUCGAAAGUCAAAAUGUAGAUUUCCGAGGCAAGAAAGUGAUCGAACUGGGCGCGGGGACGGGCAUCGUGGGGAUCUUGGCAGCGCUGCAGGGGGGGGAUGUUACCAUCACUGACCUACCCCUGGCCUUAGAACAGAUCCAGGGCAACGUCCAGGCCAAUGUGCCAGCUGGAGGCCGGGCCCAGGUCCGCGCCUUGUCCUGGGGGAUUGACCAGCAUGUCUUCCCUGGGGACUAUGACUUGGUGCUGGGGGCUGACAUCGUGUACCAGGAGCCUACCUUCCCACUGCUGCUGGGGACCCUCCAACACCUGUGCGGUCCUCAUGGCACCAUCUAUCUGGCCUCCAAGAUGAGAGAGGAACACCGGACAGAGAGCUUCUUUCAGCAUCUCCUGCCCCAGCAUUUCCAACUGGAGCUGGCCCAGCGAGAUGAGGAUGAGAAUGUCAACAUCUAUAGGGCCAGGUACAGGGAACCAAGACCUGCUUGAUGUCACCCUUCUGCUCUUCUGAACUCCUUGUUCUAAUGAAGGAACUGCCAUAUCUCCAAAGCCAGAAACUUAAGGACCAAAAAGGAGGGAUUUCUCUUGCCUCUUUCUUCCUUUCCUCUUAGUUCCCUUAGAUAUGCUUGCACAGGUGCAAGGAGGUGCCUGCUUGCUAGGAAACCUAGAGCCCUGGCAAUACUGGAUUAGAGCACAAAGGAAGUUCUCAGCUUCUAUUCUCAGCAGAGGAAGAUGGGAGGGUAUCCAGGGUUUUUAGGGGAAGGGGAGGUAAAUGGGAUGUGAGAGCAGUGGCUGCAGAGAGACUGUAUUUGAUCACUUCUAGUCCUGAGGUUGUCUUUUUGAUACAGAAUAGAUUUUUAUUUUUAUUUUUUUUGCCAGAUUCUACUGGAUUUUUUUUUAAAGGGAAAGAAACAUGAGCAUUAAAGAUCUCUUCUGCAUCUAAAGAACUCAGGCUUUUGUUGAGGGGCUGGGAAGGAAAGAGCCUCAGACUACCCACUUCAAGCUUUUAGUGAUAGUUGGGUAGGACCAUGGCUGUAACUGGAUCAAAUCCUUCCAGGUCCAAAACUGGGGAUAGGUAAAGCUGGGGAUAGGUAGCAGAGCUGUCCUUGGACUGUAGCUUCUUCAUCCUUUUUGGAGUUGGGGCCCUGAUCACUAAGAACUAGAUUCUUCUUUUUAUUUUUCUUUAGGCUUCCAAUCCCUGUCGGUCCUUCUUUCCUAAUGUGUUAUGGCUUCACCUCUUUUCUCACUGUAGUAUCUCUGGUUGGGGCUCUCCUUACUUACACCCUGGGCCACAUAGCACCUCCUCUGGACUCCUGGCCGGCAAGUCUUGUGACCUUCCAAAAUCAGUUCUGAUUAGCUUUUGCCACUGCCUCCAGAAGCAAGAAUAAGCUCCUCUGCUUAGUACUCAGUCUAUCCCAUGUGAUCUCAAAUUACCCUAUACAUCAUUUCCUACUGGUUUCCAACAUGUAUUGCAUCCUUGAGCCAAAUUACAGAAGGUCUAUUCUUUGUUCCUUAAAUCCAUACCAAGAUUUCCUGAUUUAUUGCUUCAUUCUUUUUGAUGAUUUCCUCUCUGGAAGAGCUAUUUCUACUUGUUAAAAUCUUCAUUACUCUUAGCCUGUUUCCUGAAAAAAGCUUUUUCUGAGCCUCCUAUUUGGAUAUAAUUUCUUUCUUUCUUGACACCCUUUAACUGUGUUCAUCUUAUGGGACUUAACUUGUGUGGUCAUGUCUGCUCCCUAUUUUCUCACUGUUAGAUUACCUUGGAGGGUAGGGCUGUUAUUUACUUAUCUCUAAUUCCCUGAAGCCUAGCACAAUUACUGGUGCGCCAUAGGUGUUCAGCAAAUAUUUUGCUCAUUCAGCAAAUAUUUAUUGGGUUUAUUGAAGGACUGCACCCCUACCUCCCUAGGAUAGCUCUGGCAAUUUUCUGAACCAACACCUACCUCACGAUUUUGUCUUGAGUCAUAAGUGGAUAAUGAUUAUGAAAGCGCAUUGGAAAUAAACGAAGUAUUACUGCA